UUCUUCCAUACUUGUUUCUCUCUCUUUUUUCUCUGUUUCUGCGAAUUGGGUUUCGUUUAUCUCUCUCUGAUUUCAAUUGGGUCAUCUGGGUUUCGUUAAAAACAAAAAAAAAAAAAGAAAAAGAAAAAAGAGAAAAAAAUGCGGGUGAGCAACAACCUUGUUGGCCUCCUCAACUUCAUUACAUUCUUGCUUUCGAUUCCAAUCCUCGUAGCAGGGAUAUGGCUGAGCAAACAAGGAAGCACUGAGUGCGAGAAGUUCCUCGAGAAGCCCGUAAUCGUGCUCGGCGUCUUCCUCAUGGUCGUCUCUCUCGCCGGUCUGGUCGGUGCUUGUUGCAGAGUCUCGUGGCUUCUCUGGAUUUACCUGCUCGUCAUGUUCCUCCUCAUCGUCAUCCUCUUCGCCUUCACUAUCUUCGCUUUCGUUGUGACCAACAAAGGUGCUGGAAAAGUUUUGUCAGACCGUGGUUAUAAGGAGUACAGGCUCGGAGACUACUCGAAUUGGUUGCAGAACAGGGUCAAUAAUACCAAGAAUUGGAAUAAGAUCAAGAGCUGUCUCAUUGAUAGCAAGGUCUGCUCCAGUUUUGAAGAUAAGUACGUUAACGAUACCGUCCAGCAGUUUUAUACUGAGAAUUUGUCCGCUCUUCAGUCUGGUUGCUGUAAGCCGUCAGAUGAAUGUGGUUUUACAUAUGUCAAGCCCACCGAAUGGACCAAGACCGCUAACAGUACUACUGCGAACCCUGAUUGUGAUCUAUGGGGUAAUGAGCUGAAGACUCUGUGCUUCAACUGCCAGUCAUGCAAGGCUGGAUUGCUAGACAAUCUUAAAAACGAUUGGAAGAAGGUUGCGAUCGUCAACAUUAUAUUCCUUGUCUUCCUCAUUAUUGUUUACUCUGUCGGUUGCUGUGCAUUCAGGAACAACAGGAGGGACAAUUCUUAUUGGAAAAACUAGAGUGGAUUUAGAUAUUAUUAGGCUUGUAGAUUUAUUAGGGAGCUUUCUCUUAUUUGCUGGAUUCUAUGAGAGUAACCCUUAUAGUGGUUUUUUUUUUUUUUUUUUUUUUUUUUUUUUUUUUUUUUUGUAAAGUUUUUAUUAUGGAUUCUCUGCUUAAUCAUAUUCCUUUAUUACUUCGCUGUAAUAGAGUUUUUGUUUUUGAUCAAUCUCGUAAUUUUACAUUACAGUAAAUGGAAAUUGUCUCCAAAGCUAGGAUGCUAAAA